UUUAACAUUUGUAUACGAGCGCUCGGUGUGACCGCACGCCUUGUUUGGAGCGAAUUGUAUUUUUUUAGUGCGUCGUAAAUAUUUAUUAUAUAUUGUGAUAUGGCACCAGUGUCGAAUACGGUCGUUGGCAUCGAUGAUGACCAGCGUUUUGCCCUUAUGAAGUUCCGAAGGAGCGUAAGAGAUGUUUUGAAGCCUGAGCACAACGAUCACUUUUUAUUAAGAUGGCUGCGAGCCAGGCAGUGGAAUCCAGAUGCCGCGGAAAAAAUGCUCAGAGAUUCAAUGAAGUGGCGUGAAAAAUGGGGCGUUGACACUACCCUGGCCUCCUGGCAAGCACCUGCAGUAUUAGAGCAGCAUUUCCCAAGUGGAACUACCGGAUUUGACAAAGAGGGGUCGCCAAUAUUAGUAAUUCCGUUCGUGGGUCUGGAUGUAUGGGGCCUGCUGCACGCGGUGACGCGCACUGAUAUCAUCCGCAUGGUUCUGUUACAUCUGGAAAACUACCUCUCUUUGGCCAGUAAACAGGCGCAGACCCACGGAGCCAAUGCCCUUAAGGUAACAGUCCUCUUCGACCUAGAAGGGUUCAACAUGCGUCAAUACGCCUGGAAGCCAGCAGCGGAACUGGUGUUCAGUCUGCUGCAGAUUUACGAGGCAAACUACCCCGAGAUACUGAAGAUAUGCUUCAUUGUUAAUGCCCCAAAAGUAUUCUCGCUGGCAUUUAACGUCAUCAAAAAGUUCAUGGACGAAUACACGUUAUCCAAGAUCCGUAUCUACGGCAGUGACGCUAAAAAAUGGCAAGCUCAAGUAUUGACAGUAAUCGACAAGGACCAGUUGCCACAGCACUAUGGAGGCAGCAUGGUUGAUGAGAAUGGAGAUCCCAAAUGCAGUUCUAUUGUGAAACCCGGUGGAAAAGUAUCAAAGAAAUUUUACGCGCGGAACGUAUUGAAUGAGUCCAAGAAGGAGUACACGAAGGUGACUGUCAAGACAGGCGAGAAGCACUGCGUCGAUCUCUUGUGCGCCGACGGUGAUAGUGUUUUGAAAUGGGAAUUCGGUGUCGAUAGUCACGACAUCAAGUUCUCGAUAAAGAGGAGAGACCAGGAUGGUAACGAAAGUAUAGUCCAUGAUCCGAAAAAAGUCUCCGAGGGACCAAUGGAAGUUGGCGUUCUAUCAUGCUCCGGACCAGCCACUUAUACGAUAAUAUUCGACAACAAGGGUUCAUUCCUACGGAACAAGAAGGUGUAUUACGACAUCAUCAUGACCAUGCCGGAAAGAGACCUCAAUAUGAGCGACGAUCCGGAAGACCUUGUACCGAGCGGGGCCAGCAUGGUUACAGCAACUCCAUAAGAGAUUUUGAUAAUAAUUGUACAUAUUAAUGUAAGCUCGUAUCGUGCCUUAAUAUGUAAGCAGAUUCAUAAUUAUAUCUACGCUUAGCUAGUUAGAUUGCUCAAAAAACGCUAUUCAGGGCUUAAAAACUUCUUAGUUGUCAGAGUAAGUCCAUUUUGAGAACAAGAUUAAUAAUAAAAGCGGUUUUUUGGGUACAAAAGUUCGCUUUUAACCGGUUAAUUUAACGAAUUAAAUCUGUUAAUUACCUAGUUAGUGAGUCGUUUCCUUGUGUGAGCGUUGACGGGUUGAUUGCCCGCUCGUGUUCGAUCGAGCUUAUGUAACGCGUUGCAAAGAAAGCGAAGCGCACGGGUUUGCGUUGUUUCUAAGUUAAUUGAACUAUAAACCGGUUAAAGGAACGGUUUGAUAUAGCGUUCUCAAAUCAAUUUGUCCGAAUGAAACCGGUUUAAUCCAAAUCUGCUUUUAAAGCCCUGCAUUUAUCUAUAGUUGCUUAGAGAACGGUGAGGCAUAUUCUGUGAUAAAAGAAAAAAAUGUUUGGUGCGGUUUUUAUACUAUACUUAUGUACAAAAUAUUAGAAGUAACUAAUUAACUUCAAAGUAUAGGAGUUCAUGGCUAUAGCUUCAUUUUCAUUAUCUUGUUAUUCAAUUCAAGUCAAAUAGAAAUCCAUAAAGCAUUUUAUUGACAUUAAAUAUAAGGGAUCUUCUGUAAACAGGUAUAUGAAAUUGACAAUGAUUAUAAAACAUAGAUUGUAAGUGUUGAUAAUAUACAUGUUCGUAACUUGACAAGAUAUAUAGAAAACAGGGAGAAAUAUUCUAUUCUUAUCAUAUUAUCCUUUGCUUAAAUUUAAGGUUUAAAGUAGUUAGUUCUACAUUUUUUAUUCUAAAUAAUAGGUAUGCUAAAUCUAUUGUUAGCUAAAUAAUACUUGGGUACCCAAAAUUUUAAAUGUAGGUACAUAUAAUAGGCGCUGUGACCCAUUCAAAUAUUUAAGAGAUUUGAAGUAAGACUUGGAAUUCAUGUCUAUUAAUUAUAUGGCACAGAAUUAAGAGCAUACGAAAACCGUGUACACGACUAAUAUUGAAGCAUCAAAACAACUCCACUUUAGGAUGGUUUCUCGAGCAAACGUUAAGUCACUUCAUACCAUUUAGCAGAUGACAGUAAUUAUUUUACAUCUAAUGUUCUAAGUGUUCACCAGAACAUGGGAAAAAGUUUGUGAGCAAUAUUCCGCGGAUGUAAAGUUAUAAGUGAGUGGGGCGUUUUCACUGUUUUUGGACACAAUUUACUUAUAUGGAAAUUUACUUUUAAUAAUGGCUAAAUGAGGAUUCUGUAUAUUCUUAAUUCAAUGCUAUGUAAAUGGGUAAAUAAAAGCAGUUAUGUAUUAUCUUUAUUUAUCGGCUAAUGAAAAUGGAGAAUUUUUAAUAGAUGGUAAUAAAUAAUCAUUUAAUCCUUUGUCUGUUUUUGUUGGGAAAUUUUCUGUAAUUUACUUAUUUUUACUAACGCUAAGUUUAAGUAGGUUACAUAACUGAACAUUUGGUUAAAUCUGCUAUGAAUGAUAUGAAAUCUAUAUCUAUAAGAAAAACUUUUAAAAUAUAAAAAAGUGGUGGUGUAAAAUUG